GGAGGGAUGGAGGUCUAAAAGCAGGGAGGCAGAGUCUCAGCCUGACACUCUGCCUAGUGGUGCCUUCACUGCCUCAUGGUGCCUUCACUGAGUCUCGGACCCCCCCUCUUUGAACCAAUGACGCUAAAACUGGACUCUGUUCUCCUGUGCUCCCCCAGCUCAGCCAGAUGAACACACACAGGAGAGGACUUACAGCCAAGGCCCAGCAGCUGUGCUUCUGGCUCUUUCUUUGCUUCCGCCCGGCGCUGGCUGGUGUCCCUGGUCCCUGCCGUCACUCUGUAACCCAGGAUCAUUUCCUGAGCCUAAACCGCCUGAUUGAUAACCAGUUGGAUAACAGCUGUUUCAUUAUCUACCCGUUCACCGAGUGUCUCAAUCUGAGUAAAGUGUGUUGUGUUAAAGCAGCGUUCCCACACAUCCUCGAUCUCCUCAGCUCACAUUUCCAUUAUGCCCAGAGUUCAGACAACAGACGAUACGUCAGCACAUUGGAAACCGUCAUCUUCCACCUGUACUCACAGGGCUGCGUCCCUGAGAUCAACGAGGAGUAUGAG